AUGACUCGUACUUUCUUUGUUGGUGGUAACUUCAAGAUGAACGGCUCUCUUGACAAGGUCAAGAGCAUUGUCGAGGGCCUCAAUGCCGGCUCAUUGCCCUCUGAUGUUGAGGUUGUUAUCUCCCCUCCUUUCCCUUACCUCAAGUGGGCUAAGGACCACCUCACUGCUUCUACUGUUGAGAUUGCUGCACAAAACUCCUUUGACCGUGGUGAUGGUGCCUUUACCGGUGAAGUUUCUGUUGCUCAGAUCAAGGAUGUUGGUUCUACCUGGGUCAUUCUGGGCCACUCUGAGCGCCGCACUAUUCUUAAGGAGUCUGAUGAAUUUAUUGCAGACAAGACUAAGUAUGCAUUGGACAAUGGACUCAAGGUGAUUUUGUGUAUUGGUGAGACUCUGGAAGAGCGCCAAAAGGAUGAGACUUUAACUGUUUGCAACCGUCAGCUUGAUGCUGUGAUUGCCAAGGUUUCUGACUGGAGUGACAUUGUUGUUGCUUAUGAACCUGUGUGGGCCAUUGGUACUGGUCUUGCUGCCACUCCUGAUGAUGCUCAGGAUGUUCACUCUAAGAUUCGUGCUCACUUGGCUGAGAAGAUUGGUGAGAAGCAAGCUGAGGGUGUUCGUAUUUUGUACGGUGGUUCCGUCAAUGGCAAGAAUGCCACUACUUUUAACGGCAAGCCUGACAUUGAUGGAUAUCUUGUUGGCGGAGCUUCUCUUAAGCCCGAGUUUUUGGACAUUAUCAAGUCCCGUGCUUAG